CCUUGAAACCCUAUUCACCAAACACUUUGCUCCACAAUAAUUAUUUCCAAAUUUGCCAUCUUCUUACUUAUUUCUACAACUCUAAAUCGUUUUUGUACAACAGUUAUGUUUUAGCAUUAUUCAUUUCUCUUUCGUCCCUCAUUUGCUCCACAUCUCUCAACAAGCUUGGCGUUCCUUUUCGCCAUCUCUCCUUGCCUGCACCUUUGUUCUAGGGUUUGCUCAUAGGAGAGAUGGAUGCCACGGAGCUACGUCGGGUUUUUUCAAUGUUUGAUCACAAUGGGGAUGGCAUGAUUUCGAAGAAGGAGCUCAGCGACUCGUUAGAGAACCUGGGCAUAUACAUUCCCGAGAAAGAUCUAAACCACAUGAUGGAAAGGAUCGAUGUGAAUGGAGACGGGGUUGUGGAUAUAGAGGAAUUCGGUGCUUUGUAUGAGAGAUUACUGGAUGAGCGGGACGAGGAGGAGGACAUGAUGGAAGCAUUCAACGUGUUCGACCAAAAUGGCGACGGGUUCAUCACCGUGGACGAGUUGAAAUCGGUGUUGGCAUCGCUAGGGUUGAAGCAAGGAAGAAACCUGGAAGACUGCAAGCUGAUGAUAAAGAAGGUAGAUGUGGAUGGGGAUGGGAUGGUAAACUUCAUAGAGUUCAGACAGAUGAUGAAAGGUGGUGGGUUCGCCGCCUUGGGUUGAGAUUAAUCCAAAACGAAAACUCAAACCGAUAAUUCAGACCUAAAACACUAGCCGAAGGAAUUUUAUCCCUCAGAUAUGUUUUUAAGUAUCCAAAGGUAAAUAAGAUUUCGACUUGUGUUUUUAGAUCAAACACAUCGGCUUAAAUAUAAAUUUUUCCAAAAUAAAAAGGAAAGAUGUACAUUGAUUAAUUUUUGGGGUAGAAGGUAGAUGUAAAGGAGGUAAGCCUUUUGUAGGAUAGUACCUCUUGUACCACGCAUGUCUCCCAAGAUCAAAAUGUAUUUCUGGGUUUCAUAUUAUAUGGGAUACAUAUUUGUAUUUUUCAUAUUCUGAUCAUUUUAAUCAGAUUUUGAUCUGUUUUUCCUA